UUCGCUGCCUGAUGUCUGAGAAAAUGUUUUAUGAUAGUUUUGUGAUUAACUUUUUGGCUUAAAAUAGAUUGGAAUCCACUUAUUUUUAAUCCAUCCAUGGCGGAGGGGUACAUGCAGGGCGUUUUGAGGUAAAAUAGUCCCAAGAGAAAAGUUACUAUUAUCAGAUUUAUCAUUAUGUUGUCAUCAUCAACAUCACAUAUAAAACUCAGAAGACUCGUGUAGGUUCACUGGUGGUUUUACUUAGUAAAUAAAAUGGCUAUAUUGCUGUAGUCAUGGCGACCCCUGGUUCCUAUCAGCACCACUGUAAAGAAAUCUGAGUCAGUAAGUUUCAUCAAAACACUCUGAAUGACAGUUUAGACCUCAAUGAAUGAAUUAUUCAGACAUUUUGAAAAGACUGUAAUUCCCUCUGGUGUUUAUUAGUAGUAACGGUAUCGAUACAAACUCACAUUUAUGUUCGCCAGUUCAGCGUUUAAGUGAAAAUGUGAAAAUAGCAGGAAUGUGCUAAACUUAAUAAACUCUCCAUCUUAUUUAUUCCAGCAUCCUAGUUCAAGCCCUACUUUUAAACAGUCCAGUGUUAGUGCCAUGAUAGGAUGUGAGUAGGUUUGAAUUUUACAGCCCCUCAGUCUGAAGGACCAGCCCACUUUACUCCACUUUCACCAACUGUUACCUCAAGCUAACGUUACACCUCUUUUUUUAACACCCCAAAACUCAACAACUUUUCGUGGUCAGGUCGAAAUGACCUGAAACUCAGCCUUCAUAUUCAAACCGAACCCCUAUUUAGUUCUCUAGAAGUGUAAGACGGUGUGACUUGGAUGUAAACGGUGCAUCUGGAGCCGUGUUUGUUUCUCCCUCCUGCCGGGGAAGAGAUCAUGGCGGCGGCCGCCGAAGCGAGCGCCAGCAGCGGCAGCAGCGACACAUCCAGCACCGGCGAAGAGGAGCGGAUCCGCCGCCUGUUCCAAACCUGCGACGGAGACGGAGAUGGGUACAUUAACAGGAAUGACCUGUUAAUGGUGUGCAGGCAGCUGAACAUGGAGGACUCUGUGGCUGAGAUCAUGUGUCAACUUGGGGCGGAUGAAUUGGGGAGGAUUUCGUUUGAGGACUUCACGCGCUGCCGCAUGCAGCUGGUCAGCGAAAUCCGCAAAGAGGAGGGCCUGCUGUCCCUCCUGUCCAACGACUCAGACAAGAGGAAGCUCCGAGAACGCAUCGCCUCCUGGCCCACUAGCAGCGAGAACAGUCUGGGUGCGCUCUCGGCGGCUAAAGAAAGCUGGGAGUAUGACUCGGGGGCCAGAGACCUGCAAAGUCCGGACCUGCCAUCUCCUCCUCAGCAGCAGCGGCAGCAGUCCUCUGUGCUACUGCAGAAGUUUUUGGAACAGCCCAGCAGUGUUCUGGAGCAUCCAGCGAGCCUGCACAAGCUCCUCUCACAACCCUCAGGACGGAGCGCUCCUGUAGGUGGAGGCUAUCUGGAUCUGGCCAACACACUGCAUCUGGCCGCUGUGGCUUCUCUGAAGGGUGACGUGGUCGAGCUCAACAAGCGGCUACUGCAGACAGAGAGAGAACGGGACGCGCUGGAGAAAAGACUGGCCAAAGCACAGUGUGAGCAGUCUCAUCUGCUGAGGGAGCAUGAGGAGGUUCAGGAGAGGACGACUCUGCGCUACGAGGAGAGAAUCACCGAACUGCACAGCGUCAUUGCCGAGCUCAAUAAGAAGAUAGACCUGCUCCAGGGAACCACCAUCAGGGAGGAGGAUGAGUUUUCGGAGUUGCGCUCCGAACUCAGCCACAGCCAACAGGAAGCCAACGAAGACGAGCGGAGCGUGGAUCAGGACCCCGACCAGGCGUCCGUCUCGCUGCCCGAAAACCAAUCAACACUGGUCACUGCAGACAUGGAUAACUGCAGUGACCUAAACUCGGAGCUCCAGCGGGUGCUGACCGGCCUGGAGAGUGUCGUUUGCGGCCGGAAGAAGAGCGCCUGCAGUCUGUCUGUGGCCGAGGUGGACAGACACAUUGAGCAACUGACCACGGCCAGCCAGCACUGUGACUUGGCUAUUAAGACAGUAGAGGAGAUCGAGGGGGCCCUGGGCAGGGAUUUCUACCCGAGUCUAUGUGAGGAGCGUGUGCGCUGGGAGAAGGAGCUUGCGGGGCUCAGAGAGGAGAACGAGAGCCUGACGGCGAUGCUCUGCAGCAAAGAGGAGGACCUAAAUCGCACCAAAGCCACCAUGAGCGCCAUCCGCGAGGAGAGAGACCGCCUCCGCCGUCGCGUGCGUGAGCUGCAGACUCGUCUCCAGAGUGUCCAGCCUGGUGGAGGUCAGUCCAGUCCAGGCCGUUUGACCCCCGCUGGCCGACCCAUUAAUCCCAGCACAGGCGAGCUCAGCACAAGCAGCAGCAGCAACGACAUCCCUGUAGCCAAGGUGGCAGAACGAGUCAAGCUGUCCAAAACGCGCUCAGAGUCAUCGUCAACUGAGAGAGCAGUGCUGGGCUCAGAGAUCAGCAGCAUUGGGGUGUCGAGUAACGUGGCGGAGCACCUGGCCCACUCUCUACAAGACUGCUCUAAUAUCCAGGAGAUUUUCCAGACGCUUUACUCACACGGCUCCGCCAUCUCCGAGAACAAGAUCCGCGAGUUUGAGGUGGAGACAGAACGGCUCAACAGUCGUAUCGAGCACUUGAAGUCUCAGAACGACCUGUUGACCAUCACUCUGGAGGAAUGUAAGAGCAAUGCAGAGAGAAUGAGCAUGCUAGUGGGCAAAUACGAGUCCAACGCCACCGCCCUGCGCCUGGCUCUGCAGUACAGUGAGCAGUGUAUUGAGGCCUAUGAGUUGCUGUUGGCUCUGGCGGAGAGUGAACAGGGUCUUGUGCUCGGCCAGUUUAGAGCUGCUGGAGUCAGCACUAUGGGAGAGCAGGGUGCUGAGGAGAGCAUCACGCAGGUCCUGAAGCGAGCUCAUGACAGCAGGAAGACAGCAGAGAACGCAGCUAAAGACCUCCUAGGCAGACUGGACGGCAGCUGUGGAGCCGCAUUCUCCGUCACAGGCUGCAGCGUCCAGCCCUGGGAGAGCCUGUCCUCCAACAGCCACACCAGCACCACCAGCUCCACGGCUAGCAGCUGCGACACGGACUUCUCCAAAGAGGACGAGCAGCGGCUGAAGGACUACGUCCAGCAGCUGAAGAAUGAACGGGCGGCAGUAAAGCUGACCAUGCUGGAGCUGGAGAGUGUACACAUCGACCCGUUGAGUUACGACGUGAAGCCCCGCGGAGAUUCGCAGAGGCUGGACCUGGAGAAUGCUGUUCUAAUGCAGGAGCUCAUGGCCAUGAAGGAGGAAAUGGCGGAGCUGAAAGCUCAGCUGUAUCUGCUGGAGAAGGAGAAGAAGGCUCUGGAGCUGAAGUUGAGUACACGCGAGGCACAGGAGCAGGCUUAUCUGGUGCACAUCGAACACCUAAAGUCUGAGGUGGAGGAGCAGCAGGAACAGCGCAGGAGAUCACUGGGGUCAACAAGCAGCGCUGGAGCCAAAGAUAAGAGCGGGAAGGACUCGGGGGAUCCUUCAGCUGUUAAUGUGUCUGAACUGAGGAACCUCAGUGACAGCGACCUGGCAGCAGAACUCACCAACGCUCUCCGGAGGGAGAAGAAGCUGAAGAGUCGUGUGCAGGAGCUGGUGGCAGCGCUGGAGCGACUGACCAAGAGCAGUGAGGUCCGACACCAGCAGAGCGCAGAGUUCGUCAACGACCUCAAACGAGCCAACAGUAACCUGGUAGCAGCGUAUGAGAAGGCUAAGAAGAAGCACCAGAAUAAGCUGAAGAAGCUGGAGUCGCAGAUGAUGGCCAUGGUGGAGAGACACGAGACGCAGGUGCGCAUGCUCAAACAGCGCAUCGCUCUGCUUGAGGAGGAAACGUCCCGGCCGCACACCAACGAGACCUCCCUCUGAUACACACGUACACCCAUGAGACCGUGCUCUGAUACAACUCUGACCCAAAAUCACACUCACAGCUUUGGUUAGGACCUCCAGUUGACCAGUUGUCCAUGCUUCCACCACAGAUACCUUCUUCAGCAGGUUGGACAAGCUUCCCAGGACGUUGACAGAAAUCCGAUGUAGUCCGAUUCACGAGAAACUGCGGCAAAGAGGCACUAAGUAGCGUUGAGUUUAGAGUUUAAGAUGCUACGCUGUCAAGCUGGAGUAUGUUAUUGUAAUUAAGCCACAAGACGGCGAAUUUGCCAUCAUGCUAAUGUUAGCAUAAAAAAAACAAACGUGUAUAUAAGAGAAAGUUUUUUUUCCAUUUAAAAAGCAGCACAUCUUGUUAUUUCUAUACGAGUGACGAAAUGAGCUUCAUCGGAAUAUAUUUAUUACUUUCAGUAAUUCAUUACUGUCAUUUUCAUAGUGUGACAUGAAAAUCAUCUGAUUUACACAGAGUGAAUGCAGUUUUCAGCUUUCAUCACCAACAUCCAACCAGUUACUAUACAUAUAUAUAUAUAUAUAUAUAUAUAUAUAU